AUGUCAUCAAUUAAUGGAAUUGAUAAUAUAAAAUUUGAUUAUGAAUUUAGUAAUUCAUUAUACUAUAGGAAUUCAAUUUUCUUUUCAAUAAUAUUUUUCAUUAUAUAUAAAAAGUCAAGUUAUAUUACAGAGAACUUUUUUGGAGAAUUAGUUAAAAAAGCAUAUACAACAUUAACAGAAAAAAAAAAAUUAGAAUGGGAUCAAAGAGUAGUUUCAAUGAUACAUGCAUUUUUAGUUUUACCAUUUUGUAUAAUUUCAGCUGUUGAAUCAUUUAAAUAUGGUGAUAUUUUUUAUUUUCAAAAUGAUUCACUUUUAAUGGUUUUGUCAAUUUCUUCUGGUUAUUUCAUUUGGGAUUUAAUAAUUUGUUAUAAAGAUCCUAAAUUAGUUGGAACUCCAAUGAUUAUUCAUGCAAUAAUGGGUUUAUCUUCAAAUAUUUAUGUAGCUUUACCACAUGGAAGACCAUGUUUUGUUCCAAUUGUUGCAAUUUUAUUAAUAACAGAAAUUAGUACAAUUCCAUUAAAUAUGAAAGGAUUCAUUCAGGUUGUAAAUUCAAAAUCAAAAUAUUAUAAUUGGUCAUUGGGUGCAUUUGUAAUUACAUUUUUAGUAUCAAGAUGUAUUAUUGGAUUACCAUUUGAUAUUUAUUUAGUUUAUGGUUGUAUUCAAAGAUGGGACGUUUUUCCAAUGGAUAAAUCAUUGGUAUUCAUAACAGAGUGUGGAAUUCAAUUCUUUUUAAAUAGUUAUUGGAGUUUCUUAUUAAUAAAAAAACUAUAUCAAACUUAUUUAAAUCCAAUUCCAAAUCAUAAAAAAAAUGAAGAUUAA